CCAACUAGUAAAUGCCGAAGAGUCCACUAUAAAAAGGGGUGAUGCAACGCUCAGUCGACAACUGUAACUUUCUUAACAGAACAGAAGAGUCUCACACCCAGGAGCCGAAUAAAUGCCUUUCAACGUCUAACACAAUUUAUUCACUGAAAACAUAAUCAGUUGUUCAUAAUGAUGCUUCAGCAUCAGGGAUUCAGCCUGUCCGAGAUCAGCGCGUCAGCCUUUGUGCCCUGCCUGUCCCCACCCGGAACACUCACGCUCGAGGACUUCACCAACUUCACUCCCCUGGUAAAGGAGGAGUUGCGCUACGCUAUCCAGCACAGGCGGCUGUCCAACGGACUGAGUACCGAUAUCAUGAGCGACUGUGCAAGCUCAAGUUCAGACAGACCGUCAGAAGCCACAAGUGUCAAGAGACUGGCGACCCCGGAGGAAAGCGAGAGGAGGAAAAGAAGACGAGAACGAAACAAAGUAGCUGCUGCCAAAUGUAGGAAUAAGAAGAAGGAAAAAACGGAUUGUCUGCUAAAGGAUCUGACCAAACUACUAUUCCAGGAGUCUGAGAAACUAGAGUUGGUGAACAGUGAGUUGAAGGCCCAGAUUGAGGAGCUGAAGAACCAGAAGCAGCAGUUAGUCUACAUGUUGAACCUCCACCGGCCCACCUGCAUCGUACGGGCCCAGAACGGCCAGACCCCUGAGGACGAGAGAAACCUAUUCAUCCAGCAGAUCAAGGAUGGAACCCUGCAGAUGGGUCAGCUUGAUCACCACCACACCUCAGUGUCAACCGCUUGUGGCCAUCUCUGAUCCACCCACUCUGGGGUAGUAGGAUACUACUUACACACUCAAGCACUCACCUUCCCCUGGCUACUGCACUCUGUACCUGCAUCAAGUGAAGGCUCUUUCAGGCCAUCAAAGCAAAGGAGCUUUACAUGUUCAGCUCCUCAACAUAGUGACUGCAGCUGGGUUGGUGAUAAGAGGAAGGACUGGACAGCACAAGGACGGACACCCCGUGUUCCACCUAGGGUGGCUUGGGCUGUUCCGGCACAUAGGGCGAAUGUCAAAGCACUAAAACAUAGAAAUACAUCUAAUGUAUUUAUUGUUUCCUUAAAUCUUUUACAAUUUUAUUUGAGGUAAAUGACUGAUUCUCUAUUUUUGUACUAAAGCAUGAUGUCAAAGUGGUAAAGGCACAUGAUUUCACUGGUCAGUUGAGAUAUAUGCUUGUUGAGGAAAAAUACUACUUGUAUAAGCUAUCUUUAUGGCACACAAUACACGUGGAGAGAUAUUAAUGGCUGUGUACUGUGUGCGACAUUGAUAGCUGUGUUAUUACUGUCAUAUUGAAAGUUUUUCGCAUACGUAGGUAUGAAGUGUUUGCUGUUAUUGAAUAUAUUCUGUAUUAGCUCUGGCUAUAGCUCACUUUCUUCCCCCUUGACUAGCCUAACAAAAACCUCUGAAGCUGCUACUACUACCACUAACUCAGACGAUACAGGUGUAGUUCAUAUCACAGGAACCCUCUAAUAAGAGGACAAUAUAGGGAGUGCAUGUAAUGUUGAUUCACUUAGAUAGCAUUUCAUUUAACUUACUGACAGACAAUGGCACUGUUAGACCCGGAAAUCUUUUCUUGAAAAUCAGUCAUUACAUUUCUGUAAGCUGGUGUAUUCUGACUAGACCCUGAUUUCGUAGUGAUCUGUCGUAUUUUCUCUGAAAUGUUGAAGUUAUGCUUGUGUGUUUCCUAUUACAUUUUGUUUACGUGUAUACAAGUGUGUAUUUACUGUAUAACAUAUAUGUAAACCAACUUACACCUCCCUAUUGUCUUCGAAAAGGUGUUUGUUUGUGUUAUUGAAGCUGGAUUUAUCAAAUAGAACCACUAGGUAUAAGUAGCUAGAUAUCUAAGUGGAAUUAUUUAGCACUCAGCUUGUCUGAGGUUCUCACUUUGAAGUCUUGGAAGAUGACAUGAAUUGCCUCAGUGUUUGGCUGCAAUUACCAAGUCACUGCCAAACAACCCCCUUCCCUCUCCCCUCAGUCCAUUGGUUAUGCUGCCACUUCCUCUUGGUAGGCUCAUUGCGCAAACAACACAUUUUUAUGAUCAAUAGUAGCUUUUGUCUCUAUAUUCAUGUGUGGUUUAUGGUAAGGUACUGUUUAUCUGUGUGUGUUUGUGAGUAAACGGUUGAGAGGAAGACGGUGAGAGACGCAGGCGUCCAUGUGUUUUAUUUGUUUUUGUGUAGUUCAGUGUUUCGUGUUCAAACAGGCAUGCUAGUCAUGGCUGGGGGCUUUACUACUGAAAUACUUCUUUUGAAGGAUGACACGCCUGUUUUAUGUUCUUCAAUACCUGUCUUGUUUUUCUGUUUCACCUUCCAUUUUCUUCUCUCACUUAAACAUUGUUCACUAAAAGUAUUCGUGUAAUGAGAAAUAUCACAUUGUAUCAAGUCCGGUAAAACCACAAGAUGAAACCAAUUAAGUACUCAAUUCUAUUCUGUCUUUUGAUUUUUCUGUUUUUGAUACUUUGUUAAUAAAUAUAUAUAUAUACUUCAAAUGUUUUUUGUUUUCUAUUGUUUCUGGGGAAGGAUUCACAACAUUUAAAACAUUUUUUUUUCAAUGGCAUGGUAUUCAACGGCAUUGGUAUAUCGACAUUGCAUAGUUGUGAUGCAAAACAAAUAUUCAUGAACAUGUUUAGCAUUCUAGCACAUUAUUUGUGUUGGCGUUCAUCUGAGGACAAGCCAGGACAUGUCUCCCUCCAGAAGACUCUAUUGAAGGCGGGCCAGGCAGGGGAGAGACUGGAAGAGUGUGUUCUCCUGUGCCUGGCCUGCUCAGUAUAGUUCAGUGGGUGUUAUCUGAUAAGAUAGGCUGUGACAUAAUGUUUCACUCAGAACAGAAGUAUCCCUCACUCCACCCCAUCGUUUUGUGGUCCAUAUUCCAUAAAAAGUAAUAUCCCAUUUUUCUGAUGGUGGUUUUUGAUAACUACACAUGAGUAACUCAAUACUCAUAACAGCCAGAAUGCAGCCAGACUGUGGGACGUCUUUAUUCUUGUCACAGACUGCUACGGUAGAUCAAAUUACUGACCGUCCAGCGGUUUUCCUGUAGUGUUUCUACAGAAUCUUCUUCAGUGUUUCUCUAGAACAUGAUUGUGAAACAUGGAUAAUACUUAGAUAAGUGAUUACUCUGACACAUGUCCCUAAACACAGGAAGUUUAACACACUCUGAGAUGAAAAUCUCCAUAAUCUGAACAGUGGAUCAUGAUCUAAACAAAUGAUUAACCAUUUUAAAGGCACUGGAUCAUUAUUUGGCACCAGAGUUCGAAUUUGGGGAAAGUUGGGAGGUCUGUGUGCUGUAAUGUUCUCAUAUGUGUAGCACCACACAGGAUGUUUUCAUUCUCUCUUGCAGAGGCUGAGGUAUGUUUAUUAUCCUGUAUAGUGCCUUCAGAAAAAAAGUGUGUUAUAAAGUGGAAUUUAAUUGUCAUUUUUGUCAACGAUCUACACAAAAUGCUCUGUAAUUGUAAUUUGUUAAAAGACUAUAUGAAAAAUAAAACACUAAUAUAUCUCUUACAUAAGUAUUCAACCCCCUGAGUCAAUUCAUGUUAGAAUCACCUGUGGCGGUGAGGACAGUUGUGAGUUUUUCUGGGUAAGUGUCACUCCCACCCUGACCUUUUCUUUAUAUUUUGGUUAGGUCAGGGUGUGACUAGGGUGGGUACGCUAGUUUUGUAAUGUCAAGGGUUUUUGUAUUGUCUAGGGAUUUUGUAUUGUCUAGGGAUUUUGUAAUUCUAUGUUAGCCUGAUAUGGUUCCCAAUCAGAGACAGCUGUUGAUUGUUGUCUCUGAUUGGGGAUCAGAUUUAGGUAGCCACUUCCCUUUGGUGUUUGUUGGGAUCUUGUCUAUGUGUAGUUGCCUGUCAGCACUCGUUUGUAUAGCUUCACGUUUUGUUAUUUUGUUAGUUUGUUCUGUGUUCAUCCUUUAAAUAAAUAAGAAUGUACGCAUA